GGUUGGCUGUGUUACACAUUCCAGGUGUACGUUUAUCGCCCCAGGUAAACGUCAAACUAAAAACAAAAAUGGCGGCCUCCGAUGAACGAACAAUGUCGUCGGAGGCUAUUUUGUUACAAGAAUUUGUGGAGACGUUUAAACUUCCAAAAAUCAGUAAAGUCGUGGGAGGACAUGGACUCAAUGGGGCCCCGUUUUCUGCCGGUGAUUCCCUGGUGCUGAGGACCCUGGCUGUGGAAAGUGUGGGCCUCCGAUUCUAUGAUGCGGACGCAGGGUCGAGGAGAGAGGUGAGAGUGCCCGUAGACAACAGUUUCAAAUUCCACGUAGUACAGGACUACAACUCAACGGAGCCUAAAGUCUACAAAACAGUGGCAGACUUAUUGACUGACUGUCCGACAGUUUUUAGGGCAAAUACGGAAGUGAUUACACAAAGUGGUAGUGCAUUACAAAGUGGUUGUGUUUUGAAUUUCAUUCGCAAAACGCGUUCUUUGAAUGACAUGUGCUUGUGUUUGGAGUGUAAAGAUUCUGCAGGAACGCAUCAUUUGCUGCCACUAUCAUCUCAAGGAAACUUUACAAUCGUACACGAUCCUAUAUCCUACACCCUACAGGAAAUUAUUUCUUUGGGAGCGGUGGAAAGAGUUCUUCGACUUUCAAAUGAAAAUAAGAAAUUCGCUGUCGUCAACGACGGUAGCCAACAGAUUGUUGAUGAAUUUACGCGUCAUUUACCAGUGUACGAUAAUGUCCAAAACAAAGAUGCUGCGUUAUCCCGUAUCACUGGUCUUCCGUUAACAUUUAAAGGAAUUAUUUACAUGCAGCGCCCAGACUUGUUUCUACUUGCCUCCCCAGCAGACGACACUGACGUCAGAUGGAAGAUCGCGCUAGAUUCGAAUCUUUUUUUCAAGAUUCCAGAGGAGGAGAAAAGUGUUGAAUACGGUGAACCUAUCAAACCCGAAUUAGUGCUAAAGGAAUUCGUGGAAGAAUUCGAACAGGACUUUCCUGUAGUAGCCCAAGUUGGUUAUUGUGACCAACUGCAUGAAAAGUUCAAAGGAUACUUGUCAGCGGGUAUGGAAAUUCUUGUACAUAGAAUUGAUAAAAUUGAGAAAAUGUUGUGCAGUAUUUCUGGUGAUAAAUUCUUAGUCAGUGACAGAGUAAAAGGCAGGUUGAGGAAGUCUUUAAGGCGAUUUAAGUCAUUAUCCGAGCUAGUGUCACUUGACUUGAAAAAAGAAGUGUCAAUUAAAAUGAUGGAAGAUAUUGCUUCCGAUGUACCAGAGCAUUUCUCUUUAAAAGCAGGAGAUGUACUUGUUUUUAAGAAUUUUAAUGUUUCUACAGUGAAUAUUAAACUUGGAAAAAAAUCCUACGAGAAGUGUCAGGUUAUACUAUGUGAAAAAGUUCUCGAGGAUGAGACAAGACAGAAACUGCAGUUACCAUUGGACCUUGAGGCGGAUUUUAUUCAGUUACCCAGUCCUGGCGAGGAAUCGGGGUUCGACAUUAAUGUAGUGUUGUCUAAGUCUGUCAAUGUGCCACUGACGGUGGAUUUUAUUCCGACAUCCAACACAGAAACUUGCUUACUGCCCAAUGAUUGUGAAAUUGAAAUAGAGAAUAUUGUGACGGACUCCGUUUUGGUUCUCUCCCCUUUGCCUCACCGGGAAGACCGUAGGGAAUCGGGAAUAAGCGCGCGCUUAAAGUUCUGUCUUCUGCUUCCUCUCAGAAGUGACAUUUCUCUGAGAUUGGAAGACAAAUUGCAAUUCCCAUCAAAUUACUUCAUUUUUCCAAGACGACACAAAUGGAUAGAGGAAGAGGUCGAGUGCCUUUCCGAGGGCGAAUACGGGUAUUUGACCAAAUACAGUGACAGUGCUUAUGAGGACUAUGCAUUUCGACAAACGUUGUCUGAAUGCAAUAUCCACGAUUACAGCGAAGUACAAUCUGAAAAAAUCUCGAAGAAAAAAAGCAAGAGGUUGAAGAAAAAGAUUCGUUCUGUAACAGAACUUCAGCUGGACAAGAUUGACCUACAAAAGGUUGCGUCCUCCCCCGGGCGAUUGAUGACCGGCAGCGAAAGUGACCUUGUACAGCAUGCCGUGAAGAAUGAGGAUGAUGAAAACAUAUACGAGACGUUUGACCCUAGUAAACGGAGGAAAGAACGGAGAAAGUCAGAAACUUCAUUGAGAAGUCGAAUAAAGCGAAGAGUAUCAAAGAUCUUCUGACAACAGGAGGACCAAUCCAAAAUUCUUCUCCAUAACUUAUUUACCAUGUUUUAAAAUAUUUAUAAAUAAAAACCAAUUAAAAAAAUGUUUUAAAGUUUAUUGAACAUAUGGAUCUGAAACACAGUUCUUUCUCAUUUAUA